ACACAAAAAUAAAAAAAAUAAAUUUCUUGAACUGCGCGGUUGUGUUGCGGCGCGUCGCGGACCAAUAUAAAAUAAAUAGUGUUAUAUUUUCUCGUGCUUGUGUUUUUGUUGGCACACUGCGGGCCACAAAAAAACAGCAACAACAAUUGGGAUUCUGUUAAUGCGUGUUUUAUAAUUUUAAUAUAUAUUUUUUUUGAAACAAACCAACUGUGUGCAGCAACAACGGAGGCGUUGAUAAGGAAAACUGACAACUUUGAUUUUUACGGCUUAAAUGUAGCCAUAAAAUCAUACGACGAAACGAUGCCUAACAGCUUUUUAUGAUCCCAACGAGUAAUACCGCUACCGCGACCAAGAUAUCCCUCCUCCGUCACGACCAUUUCAAGAGAUUUUAUUCGAAACAUUGACAAUAAUUUGAUUGGACCAAAACUGCUAAUGAAAUUGGACACCUCCUCCGUGCCUGAGGCCUGAGGCGCGUGGGCGGUGGCGCAACACUUGACACCUCUGGAACUGAAACUGAAAUCGACAUCGACUCCACUCCACUCCACUGUCAUGUUGAGGCAUUGACCAGAGGCCCAAACCCCGCGUAGGAGUCCGACGCUGCUCCGUGGCCAUGUGAGCAGCGCUCAUCUCUCACUCUCCUCUCAGACACAGACAUCGCACCAUUUGCUGGAGCAACAAUACCCCAGGAAUAGGAAUAGGAAUAGGAAUAGGAAUAGCAAGCAGCAAGCGGAAAGUACAGAUUCACCCUAGGAAUCGACUGCAGAGAAGACAGGUUCGAAAAUGGAGGGCAUCGAACAGGAUGCGACGCUGCUGGAAGGCAGCGAAGAUCUGAUGUCCACAUCUGCAACCUCCACAAAUGGCAGCGACACAAAUGGUUGUGGUGGCAGGAAAUCGUCCAUUACAUCGCCGGAUCCCACAUCAUAUGUGACCAAGGCGCGCGUAACAAAGCCCACGCCCCCGCCGCCAUCGAAGAAUCCGAUGCAGUUUGUCCAGAUCAAGCCGUGCAACCUGUAUCAGACGGCCCAGCAGCAGCUCAAAAAGGCCGAGGAGGUCAAGAAGUUGAAGGAGGUGCAGAAGGAGGAGCCCGAGGAGUGGCAGAAUAACCUUGACAAUUGGAAAUCGUCAAGGCGAAAACGUGUCGAGCACAUCAUCGAUCGUGUGGUGGAAACGAAGAAGCUCGAGCUGGAGGAGCAUGAUCGGACGCGGCGAAAAUCGAAGACAUUCACCGAAAUGAUGGAGGAGAGGGCCGAACGUGGCGGUUCCCGGGGCCGUGUGAAGCUCGCCUCCCUGGCCGUCUACAACGAGGACGAGGCGAAUGAUUUGAGCGACUUGGGCAUCGGCACCAGCAGCGCCAGCGGCAAGAGCAGUCUGUCCGAGGACUACGACAAUAAUAGUGUUAUGAGCGACAAUGCCGCCGAGCUGGACAAGGCCAUUGGAGCAGCAGGCUCUGGCUCGGGCUCGGGCGCUGGCGCUGAUGCUGCCUGUGCCUCUGGUGGCAGCGUGGAGGAUCAACAGAAUCAUAUCAACCGCAAUGGCAGCACUGGAAACAAUGGAGCCGGCUGCCAGCCCACCACAUCGAAGGCGGCCAGUGCGGGGGCCAUGCGGGAGUACAUUUCGUCGCCGGGCUACGACACAUCCUCGAGCACGGCGCCGGCCAGCUCGCCAGAUCCGUGCGAGUACACGUACGAGGGUGCGAUCCAGGACUACAAGCAGCGUGUCCAACGGGCCAGCAGCAAUGGCAACAGCAACAGCAACGCUAAUGCCAAUGGCAAUGGCAAUGGAAAGAUGAGCACAUCCCCGUCGUCGAACGGCGAGACGAUUGCCUAUCCGACGCGGCGGGGCUCGAAGAUCGAGGAUCGGCUGAGCGGCUUCGAGGUGACCUCGCCCAGCGACACCCAGGAGGGUGUGGAGAAGCAGAAGGUGGACGUGCCCAAGGUGGACAUCUCGAAGCGCAAGGAGAUCUUCGAGCAGGCCAAAUCGGGAGCAAUCAAUGGAGCUGGAGCUGGAGCACCAUCCGCCGCCCCCAAGCUGGUGCUGCGCGAUCGCCUGACGAACGGCAACAGCGGAGCCUCGAAUGGCGCCAAGUCCCAGGCCAAACAGGACAUAAAGCUACUCUCCGGCGACAUUUCGAGCAUCCGGGAUCGGAUGCAGAGCCUGGGGCAGCAGCGGAACGCCUUCAACCACAGCAAGAGCGUGGAUGUGCCCGUGCCGCCGCUCAAGCAGCGCCUGAACAGCCUCCAGCAGUCCGUAACCAAAGAGGAGCAGCAGCGGAAGCCACCAUUGGUGGCUCUCAUAGACGCCCGCCAGCUGGAGAUAAUGCGGGGCGAGGAGGAGCGAAUGCGACAGCAGCAGCAGCAGAACCAGAAGCCGAAGCCGAAGCAGUCCCCAGUCGCUGCUGCUGCUCCUCCGCCAGCACUGAUCGUGGAGGAACCACCAGCAGCCACAGCGACAGGCACCAACGAUGACAGCGGCAUCCAGGAGGACAACGAGGAGCUGCAGCAGCAGCAGCUGCAACUCAAUGCGGCCAUCGCCGCGUUGGCCAUCGAGGAGCGGCAGCUGGAGGAGGCCGCCAAUGCGGUCAACCAAAUCGAAGCGGAGUUCGAUGAGCUCACCGAUCUGAAUCCAUCUCCAUUGCCGCAGCAACAGGCAACAGCUCCAGCACCAGCAGCAGCAGCAGCUGCUGUUCCAGCCCCAACACAAGCGGCUGCAGCUCCUCCAUUGCGGGACAUGGAAUUUAGUAUCAACGAAGCUCUUGAAUUGGCGCUGGAGGCAAUCGAUCGAGAGGACACCACCACCAGCACCAGCAGCAGCAGCAGGAUCAUGGAGAAGCCCCAACGACAGCAGGAGCGGGAGGAGCAGUUAGAGCAAGGGGAGGAGCAGGAGGAGGAGGUGGAGCAGCAGAUCGAACCAAAGGAGGAGCACAGCAACGAAGAGGAGGCGCAGGAGGAGCCACAGACCACGACAGAGAUGCCAAAUAAAACCGAUGAGCAAAAGAGGAAGGAAGAGCGGGGAGAACGGGAGCCCAUCUACGAGAAUGUCAGCUCGACCAUAUCUAUGCAUGAAGUAGAUAAUGAACAGAUAGCAACGAUGACGAUAUCCACACAGAUGCAGACACAGACACAGACACCGAUACACACACCGAUACAGCAGGGCACACAGCAAGCCUCGACGCGGAGGAGCCACAGGAGAAGCAUUCCAAAUAAACAAACGAGCAACGGCAGCAGUAACAAUAAAGAGAAUAAUCAAAAUACUAAUCAAAAUAUCAGCAGCAACAGCAACAGCAACAACAAUCAUAAUGAGAACAGCAUGGGAACAAACGGAACAGUCGAUCCGGAGCCCUACUAUCAGGUGCCCAAGGCAACGGAGCCCUACUACGAUGCGCCCAAACAUCUGCGACCCAUUCCGGUGUACGAGAACAUUGACAUAUUCUACACGGGCCUGGAGCUCAGCCAGAGCUCGGGCGCCCUGCCAAUGGGCUCGAUGGAGCCGCCCAAAGAGAAGCCACCGCCGCCACCCACCGAGAGUCCGCCGCCACUGCCCGCGGACGAGGCCGCGCUGGGCCACGACGACGACGAGCUGGAUGGCCUGUGCAGCAGUCUGGGCCACAACACGGACACCUGGUCGUCGGACAACACCUACGAGACCAUCUCGAAUGGAACGCGCCGCCACAUGCAGGCGUCGCAGCUGGAGCCGCAGCCGGCCCAGCCCUCGCCGCCGAUCAAGCGCAUGAACUCCACGAAGCGAAUCAAGAAGGAGCUGCGCAACAAGCGGUCCAGCUUCCUGGGCAUCGAGACGGACGGGGACCUGGACGAUGUGGAGAGCUACCUGGAGCUGACUGUGCCCCCGCCGCCGGACAUGGCCCAGCUGCUGCAGGAGGAGCGACGCCUCGAGAAGCAGCUGUACAUCAAGGCGGGGCUCUGUGACAGUUCCGAUACAGGAGAGAGCCGCGACUCUGGCGUGUCUGAGAAUCAUUCCCGCCAGAGCAGCGAGCACUACACCAACUCCUCGGAGGAGAACGACACCCAGUCGGAGGCAACGCCGCCGCCGCUGCCGCCGCCACCAGUGUCGGGGCUGGGCGGCGAGAUGAUCUACCAGAACGAGAGCCUGCUGGCAGCGCAGACGCCACUGCUGCAGACGGUGAAGGGAAACUCGGCCGAGUCCUGGACCGAGUCGGCAACGGCGGCGGCCGCGGCCACACAAUCGCUGAGCGAGGCCACGGCCACGGCCAAUGCCAAGAUGCAGUCCAUCGAGGAGAAGAUACGAGAGCAGGGGGAGGUGCUGCGCGUGGAGCGCGAAUUGCUGCACUUUUCGCAGGAGGAACUGAAGCGCCAGCGGGAGAACCUUUUGCUGCGCGAGAACAUAGCCCGACGGGAGCUGCAGCACGGCGCCAAGAUGCUGAUGUCCAACAACCGACGCUCGCUGCAGGACCUGCACCAUGGUCUGGGCAUCGGCAACGGCAUGCUGAGUGCCUUCCAGCCGCCACAGCACCAACAGCAGUUGCAGCUGCAUCCACAUCAGCCGCAUCCCCAGCAGAUCUACGCCAAUGUGCCACAACAGCAGCAGCAGCAGCAACAGCAGCAACAGCAGCAGGCGGCGGCGAUGUAUGCGUACCAGCAGAUGGACACGGACUACCGCAAGUCCAUGUCUGACCUGAACGAGUUCUCCAGUAGAUUGAUGCUGGCGCCACCGACACCGCCCACGAAGCCACUGCGUGCCAUGCACAUAGCCAACGGACAUGGCCUGGAGCCGGACUAUGCGGUGAGCACGCGGCAGCGCCAGAGCUCCGCCAAUGCCUACGGCGGUUCGCUGGUGAAGAUUGCCGGUGCACCGAUGCCGCCGCGACACUCUGGCGCUGUCUAUCCCACAGCCGUGACGGCAUCAGCGGCAGCCGCCUACCACCAUCAGUCCGCCCAGAACUUGAGCAACAUGUCGCGGAACACCCUCUUGGCGCUGAGUGCCACACCCAAGCCCAAGUACACCGAUGGCUGGGUGCAAGUGCAGCAGCGCAAGAGCUACGACAGCAACCUGGCCAACGAUCCGGCCUGGCUGUCCGCCCAGCAGCAGAAGCGCAAGUCCAUGCCCGACUACAAUGGGGCCAUGUACAACAACAAUCACUGGUUGCUCCAGGAAGCGGAGCAGCGACGCAUCGAGCAGCUCAACAGGAGAUCGAUGCCCGGCAGCAAGACGAAUGGCAAGCCCCUGCCCGACUCCAUCAUCCAAACGCUGACGGAGCGGGUGCAGAGCAAGGGCAUUGGAGAGCGCAAAAGAUUCGAUGGCAAUGGCAAUUAUAGCCAAGUCAAUGGCAACACCAAUGGCUACCAGCAGCAGCAGCAGCAGCAGAAGCAGCCCAUCAUCAGUAGCAAUAAAUCCACAGCCACAAGCAGCGCGAACAACACGAGCAACAACGGCAGCCAGGAGAAGGUGCUCAGCGUCAGUGGCAAGAAGAAGUGCUCUCAUUGCGGCGACGAAUUAGGUCGAGGGGCUGCCAUGAUCAUUGAAUCGCUGCUGCUGUUCUAUCACAUCAACUGCUUCAAGUGCUGCGUCUGCCACGUCCAGCUGGGCGACGGACUCAAUGGGACGGAUGUGCGGGUGCGCAACCACAAGCUCCACUGCCAGAACUGUUACUCCAGCGACGACGGCAUCAAGUUUAGCUGCGUUUAGGCGUGGGAGUCGUAGUGGGAGUGCUGGUGGGAGGGACUACUGAAUGAUUGUUGUUCUUGUUCUUGUUGCUAUUGCAUCAUUGAUUGUUGUUGUUGUACUAUUACUAGGAACCUAAUGACCUAAUUCGUAUGUUCAUGUUGAGAACAAAGUCAAAUAAAGAAUACAAAGCAAAUGUUUCAGAAUAAUGUUAAUUAUUGCAUUCGUAAAUAAGUACGAACAUUUUUGAAUGUCUUUGCAUUGCUUUUUGAUUCAGAUUUUAACGUUUUAUAUACGAUAUUCUACAUACAUUUAUUAUAGUACAUAUACAUACAUACAUACAUACAUAUAUACAUAUGUUUGAAAGAAAAGCCAAGCUCUCUAAUGUUUCACGCAAAGUCAAAGUCAAAUUUCAAAGGUAUACAUACGAUAUAAGAUUUAUUGUGUGUUGAAAAGUAU